AUGCCCACGACGCAGGCCAGUACGCUGACGACGCUGCGUGCGGAGCUACAGGCGGCGCGACAGCGUGCUUCAGCCUCUGCACCGACGCAUGAUGAGGUUCGCUCGCGUAUGCGGCUGCGGGAGCGCUCGCCAGGCGCUUUGAAGGUAGCGCGAGGACGUGAUGACGAGGACGAGGAUUCAGCACGCGUCCUGAAAUCGCAGCGUAUGUUGGAACACAAGGCGGCGCGCUACGAAAAGUUAGCCCAAGGCCUGGGUCUCGCGGACGAAGGUCUGGUCGACUGGGAUGCCAAAGAGGUGGAUUCGUCGUCGCCUCCUCCAACGCCCCCCGUCACGUCGACGUACGAAGAUGACACGGAUCCCAUGGUAGAGUACGUCGACGAGUGGGGACGUACACGCACUGCGAGGCAAAGUGAAGUGCCUCGUGCGUACUUAUUAGAGAAGGAGGACGGCGCCGCAGACGAAGAAGAGGCACAACCGAUCUACGGCGCGGCGACGCAGUUCCCUGUCUACCGACCGACGGUGCCACAGCUACCGACGGACAUGGCCUCGCGGCGUACUGAGAAUGUCCACUUUGACGUUGAUUUUGACGUGCGUGCGCGGGGCGCAGCAUUUUACCGCUUCUCGCACGACCAAGAGACACGACGGGCCCAGCAGGCAAGUUUGCAGGCCCUGCGGCACGAGACGCAGACACAGCGUGCUUCGGCUCCCUCCUCGACUACGGCUUCUAUGGGUAUGAAGAUCGGGCUGGGCGCACAACGUCGUGCGGCACGCCAGCGCGUCAUAGAGGCGCAUCAGGCGCAACGCUAG